AUGAAACGAAAUGGGGGUCAGUUAAAGUCGAAAGAGCGGGUACGCACCCAUCUUAUUUACUUCGCUGGUCGAUCCACACGAGCGCAGAAGAAAAUACGAAGGCGUCGAGGUGUGUCCAUCGUGAAGAACGUUGUCCAACACGAUGCAGCCGUGCAAACGCCUUACGAAUUGGAUCCCUCUGAAUGGACCGGCAACCAGAGAGUUGUGCAUUUCGGUCCGAUGGCAUACCGUGACCCGAUGCUUUACUACUACCCGAAAGGAUGGAACGUCAUGUAUCCGGCACAUUUCGGAUUCUUUCCAUAUCGGACACGAAAAUUUCGAGGUUCCAGUCCUAUCGUUUGUCUCAGCGCGUUUGGUACCUUUUUUGCGAUCGGUGGUUGUGCCAUGGUUUAUUUAGCGUACAACGCUAUUUCCCUAAACGGAUUUUUUACCGUAGAACCGCUCAAGGUAUUCACCUACGCGCCAUUAUGUAAAGCUACGAACUUUUGCGCAUGUGCUCCGUUUUUCUUUAACUUAUGCUAUUUGGUAGCUUGUUAG